AUGUCUCAAUCGAAGAUUACAACUUUCGCCAACGAGAUAUUGGACAAGAUCUUCGCCUACCUCGCCAACAAGGAUGCCUGGCUUGCUCUAAUCAAGGUUCAUAAUGGACGCUGCUCGAUGCUCUUGAUCGCGCUCACAGCCGCCCCGCACCUCGCCGGCUCAGUACAAACACUACAAAUCGAUUGCCAGCUCGAAGGCGCGUACCCAUAUGGCAAACUAACCCUCGAACGAGACGCGAUUCGGGAGAUUCUCGCCAAACUUGCGAAUCUACAAAAGUUGACCAUCUUUAUCCUGGACGAUCCGCGAUCAACGUUUGAGCAAAUGGACGCAUCAUCCGAGAUUGCUCAAAUCAUAGACUGUCCCGAGCAUCACUUAGCCAUGUCAACUUGGCUCUUCGGUCUGCCCACCGCCAAAACACUAGUCGUACGAGAGAAUGUCACGCACGCAGCGCUCGGGUAUUUCACCGCGCGCUCCAUCCAAUGGUUUGACACAGUCAACUUCAGAAAUCUCACCUCCAUCGACUACAAAUGGUGUACAUAUCCAUCAAUACACAAUGAACGUGCUGCUGUGAAGAAAGCUGGCACUGCUAGUCAACUGAAGAAAUUGCGCUUCACAUGGUACCUCGACGGCGCGCCCACACUCGGCCUAGAUGGCAGCAUCGCUAAUUUAUGGGCGACUCAACAGACGCUACGAGAACUCACUAUCCUGCCUGGCAUAUGCUACGAAGUACCGCAGAGACCUUGGAGCCCAACUAGAUUCACGAACUUUACCGCCUUGCAGAUUCUGCAUGUGCCGGCUUUCGCGUUUUUCGAGGAAAUGUCAUGCGGUAGCCUGAAAGCAAAUCCCAACCGCGUGGGCUUUGAGCUCAGGAGCGAUAUCACGCCUCUCCUACCACCGAAUGUACGCGAACUAGAAAUCUGGUUCAGAUACCCAUCUGGUAUCUUCGCCACGGCUUGCGCCGAGUUCGAAUGA